UUUUCUUGCUAGCAUCAACAAACCACUUUCGCACUUCUGAUACGAGGCCUGUGAAUGAAUGCAGCCCUUCGCCCGACAUGCCUUGCGAAACAGGCUCGCUGUCCAGAGACUCGCACUUUCACGAUCUAUCUCGCUGACCGGCGCAAUCGAAAAGGGUAUCCGGGAUGGGCAGCAUGGCAGAGUCAAACAUGAACGCCGCUACCAGGGUCCUCGAGACCAACGUCCUCAGUCUGAACAUGACCCUUCGGAAACAAAUGACAGGAGGAAGGCUCCUGACGGGCUAGCAAGAGGUCAGCUAGACAGGGAAAUACAAAAUCGACCGGUCAAGGCACGGGGCAGAAGAGAGGGCAGACCAUUCUCAUCUGAUGAUGUAGCACCUACCAGCAUUGCAUACACGACGGCUUCAUCGGAAUUUAUCUAUGGGACAUUUUCCGUGCUUGCUGCUCUCAAUGCAGGACGGCGCAAGGUGUACAAGCUUUACAGACUCAAUUCUGAGCGGGAAGAGGAGGAAACGAGUGCACAGACAUCAUUACGCGACUUCAGAAAAGACCCAAUAAAUGCCCCCAGUGCUCUGGUGACCAUCGAAAGGCUUGCCAGGCAAGCAGGGCUCGUAAUUAAAGAUGUUGCGGGUCCUCAAUGGACCAGGAUUUUCGGCAAAGCCACAGAUGCGCGGCCGCACAAUGGACUACUCUUGGAGGCAUCUCCGCUUCCCCAGCUACCUGUCACCAGUUUGUCUGCUCUCGCGCAACCCAUGGAUGAUAUUCAUGCUACGGUUGGAUGGACAUCUCCAGAAGCGCGAGAACUCAAUACUGUAUUUGAUGUUCGUGGAAAUGUGGCCAAGCUCGCUUCUCCUCGGCCAGCUCAUCGCUAUCCAUUUAUGCUCUUUCUCGAUCGCAUAACUGACACCGGCAACUUCGGUGCGAUUGUACGCUCUGCCUGGUUCCUGGGUGUCGAUGCUAUCAUCCUCCUUGAGCAUGGCACAGCCCCUGUCUCUACCAGAGCGGUCAAGGCUUCGGCGGGUGCUCUGGAGUACAUGCCAAUCCUACAUGUCAAGAAUGAAAGAGAAUUUGUCAAGGCUUCGCGAAAGAACGGGUGGAAGUUCUUUGCUGCAGAUGCGCCCGAGAGUGCUGCUGAUCUGCGCAGGAACGCUGCCAGAAAUAUCCAGCACCAACGCGUGGAAGUAGAAGGCGCGUUGUUGAAGCAUCCUUGUGUCCUUAUUCUCGGUAAUGAGGAGACUGGCAUUCGAGAUUUCAUGCAAGAUCUUGCAGAUGGUGUGGCGGGCAUCUCGAGUGCCAGACCCGAAGUCGGAGAUAUCGACAGCUUGAACGUGAGUGUGGCCGCGGCUUUGCUUACGCAAAGAUUCUUCGACACAGCACAGGCCCCGACGUAGAAGACAGGUCGCUACACAGGGUCGUC